GAUUGUUAUCUUCCAUCUAAUCUUGAGUUAUUACAAUUUAGUAAGUAAUUCAGUAUAAUUGUAUUUUGUCUGAUACCAAUUUUAUGUAAUUACUAUUAAUUGGGAUUUGAGUAUAAUUUAGCAUAAUAUACCGGGUAAUUCAACUAAUUUGUACCCAAUUAAAGAAGUGUAAGCCCACAAGUUUAUGGUAGUUGAGAUGAGUUUGCUUCAUUAGUUGUGUAACAUGCAUCAAUGAUAUAGAUCUGAUAGAUUUGAUAAAGAUUAAGUGAUGAAAGAGUGUUCGUUGAGAAUUGUUGUAUACACCCGAGUGUACAUAGAAAACCUACAUAUAGGCACACUAAAGGGGGUAACAAUGUUCAUUUUGCUCAUUUGCAUCUUCAGAUGAACAUAUUUUUCGUCGGAACGUGUGAAAACUUUGUUUUAGGUGUAUAAUAGAACAUACUGAUGAAUUAAAGGUAAGAUGACUAGAUGAGUAAGGCAAGGCUUAGAUAGUUUUGAUGAGUUAAGUGACAUUUUACACUUGUGGAUUCGCUAGUUGUUUGGAAUUAAUUUUGCACCAUACGUACUGAGAGAUGAGGUUUAAUGAAACAAAGAGGUAAAUUGGAGGUCACCGGAAGGCGGACAUAUUAUGGCUUACCUAGAGCUUCAAGAGGACAUGUCCCCUGAUAGGAAUGGUUCUAGAAUCCAUGCAACUGAUUGAAUAGGUUCUCAUCUAUGUAUUGGAUUUUGGGUUGUUUGGUUAUUUGGUUGCUUGUGGAACGAUAAUAUUUGCCAUAGUAAGGGUGAGUUUUUGUGGGAUGCAGUACAGUGGUUUGUAUUACUUUACUUUGGUGCCGAUCUCUGGCUCCUCCCCCCUAGAUGGAUGCUUUAGUGAUGUGUUUUUGGAGGUUGGCAAACGAUUUUUUUGUAUGGGGUUAAGCAAGGAGAGGAUUUAAGCUCAGUGAUUGGUGUGGAGAAGUUGGAUAAGUAAUAUUGUUCUUUCCUCAUAGCCCCACGAAUAAUUGAAAGGCGAACAAUACCAGCUAUCUUCCUAACGGCCGUGGAUCGCUUUCCACACUGAACAGCAUGCCUAAGAAAGAAGUGGGUGUUUUAGGGGAAAAAGAGGGUGAUGUUCAAAAAAAGUCUAGAGAUCUUUGUGAAGCAGAGUGGGUUACAUUUUCAGAACAAUCUGAGAAUCAUGAUAUUUAUGUUUGUCCGGAUGGAGUUGAAUUGGCUGCAUCUAGCUCAGUGAAACGUGACAAGGCAGAGUAUGGAAAUGAAGAGUUGCUGGAGAUGGCAGUUGUCAACGCCAAACCCGCCAGGGCAUUGAAUAGUACUGGUAUACUUGAUUUAAAAGACCAUACUGCUGGUAUACAGCCUUGUUUACUUCGAUAUCACUCGAUCCCUUUAAAUCUUGUUCGGGAGGGACAGAGGUGUCCAUCUCGAAAAAGAGUUUCUCCUGUUCAUGGUUUUCCUGCUGGCCGUGGGCGUAAAGUGCCUCGACUUAGUGAAUCUCAGGAGAAGCCUUUGGGUCAACGUGAAACUGUAUCCAACAUCCACAAAAGAGUUCUGUUGAAUGGUGUAAACCAAAGAGGAGAAGAGCCUAAUGCUGAUACUGCUGGUAAGGACAAGGAACUAGAAGUUCUUAUUUCUGGAAAAAAUAGGGAUGUACUUGAAAAUUCAGUUGAGUCGCACAAAGGUGUAAAGAAGAUUAUGCAAGCACCUUUGCUUAGCAAAUCAUCUGACGUCAAACAAGAAGAAAAAUUUGAAGGUAACAAUGAGGAAAAACAGGGGAAGAUAAUGAAACAAUCAGAAAAUAAUGGAAAAGAGAGUACAUCUUUCGUCAAGGAUAUUAAUAACAAGAAAAAGUCAACUGGAUAUUCCAGUAGCAACAUGAAAUGGCUAGAAAAAGGUAACUGUUCGCCUUAUAAACGCGACAAUCGUCGUAAAGUACGGGACACAUUACGCUUAUUUCAUACUGUUCUAAGGAAGCUAGUUCAAGCCAACGAAACAAAAAAAAUGGGCCGAGUGGAUGCUAGUAUUCAGAUAAAUGCUGCCUUACAGAUCUUUAAGGAUCAUGGAAAGUAUGUGAAUACCAAAAAAAAGGUGGGGCCUGUACCGGGAGUAGAAGUAGGUGAUCUUUUUAAAUAUCGUGUAGAGCUUGCAAUUAUUGGGCUUCAUAAGCCACUACAAAGUGGUAUAGACUUUGUCAAACUAGAUGAUGAGUAUGUUGCAAUAAGUGUUGUGGCUUCUGGACGUUACGAUAAUGAUGUGGGCAACUCUGAUGUAUUAAUUUAUGUUGGUCAAGGGGGGAAUGUAGCGGGUGGAUGCAAGUAUCUUGAAGAUCAGAAGCUUGAACGAGGGAAUCUAGCGCUAAAGAAUAGCAUUGAUAAGAAGAAUCCGGUGAGGGUUAUCCGAGGCUUUAAAGAAAGGAAAAUGUCCGGCGGGAAACGUACAACAACUCCGUCAUAUACUUAUGAUGGGCUGUACACUGUGAAAAAGUAUUGGCGUGAUACUGGGCCUCAAGGAAAGCUGAUCUAUAAGUUUGAGUUAAGAAGAGCCCCAAAUCAGCCAGAGCUCAUUAGGAAGAGAGUUAAGCAGUCAAAUAAGUCUAAGAAAUGGGAAGGUAGUUGUAUAAAUGAUAUUUCAAAAGGUAAAGAGCCCACCCCAAUUUGUGCUGUCAAUACCAUAGAUAAUGAAAAACCCCCGCCGUUUACAUAUAUUACAGCGGUGAUGUACCCUGACUGGUGUCGGCCAAUACCUCCCAAGGGCUGUGAUUGUAAGGACAGCUGUGCAGAUUCGAAGCAUUGUGCUUGUUCCCUCAAGAAUGGAGGGAAGAUCCCAUACAAUUACAGUGGGGCAAUUGUUGAAGAAAAGUCUCUUGCAUAUGAAUGUGGGCCUUCAUGCAAUUGUCCACCAACUUGUCACAAUAGAGUAAGCCAACAUGGUAUUAAGCUUCCUCUUGAGAUCUUCAAGACUGAAUCCAAGGGGUGGGGCCUCAGAUCUUUAUCUUCUAUUCCAUCAGGUAGCUUUGUAUGUGAGUACAUAGGAGAGUUGCUUGAUGACAAGGAAGCCGAACAAAGAGUUGGCAAUGAUGAAUAUCUGUUUGAUAUUGGGCAAAACUACAGUGAUCCCACUCUUCGUGAGGAGCUUUCUGCUCUCAUGCCUGAUAAGCCAUCAAGUUGUCGUGAUGUGGUAGAAAAUGUUGGUUUUACCCUUGAUGCAGGAAUAUAUGGGAAUGUUGGGAGGUUUAUUAAUCAUAGCUGUUCUCCAAACCUCUUUGCGCAGAAUGUCCUCUAUGAUCAUGACGACAAGAGGAUUCCUCAUAUAAUGAUGUUUGCUUGUGAGAAUAUACCUCCUCUGCAAGAACUUACUUACCAUUACAAUUAUGCAAUAGAUCAGGUUUUCGAUUUUGAGGGUAAAAUCAAGAAAAAGAGUUGCCAUUGUGGCUCAUCAGAAUGCAGUGGUCGGAUGUAUUAAUGGACUUCAGCUACUUGCCUGAUAUAUAAAAUGACUUGUAAAAUUCUAUAACAAGUCACGGGAUAUGGAAUAUAGCAAGAACAAUCGAGACGUGCACAGAAGAGCGCAUUGAAAUCAUCCUGGUUUAGGAUUAGCAGCACAUAUUUUCCUGUGUUUAGAGUUGUAAAUUAUCAUUCAAAGUUGAACGAGUCUGUAGACUGUAAUUGAUUAGUUGGUAUCAUUUUUGUUACUUGUUUUUAGCAUAGCUGAAUCUUGGAAUCGCCAGCGAGGGUGUUGAAGGCAAAUCCAUCAAGCUUGUAAAUAAUGGGCGGCGAAAUUGUAAUUUUAGUUCACUUUCCAGUUAGUUUUCUGGUAGGAGUUUAUUCCAGUUAUCACUGUUAUGUGCAGCAAACUGCAAUUCUGCAGAGGGAGGCAUAUUUUCGUUUGGAAGAUUAAGUAUAAUUACUAAUUAGUCAUCUAGUUGUAGAUAGGGGUGUAAGUGGAUUGGACUUUGUCAAAUUCAAUCUAGUUCAAAGUUUUUUGGACUCGAGAAAUUGAGUCUAAGUCUAUUCCGAUAA